AAAAACUAAAACUAAAUAAUUAGAAAAAUAAUUAAUUAAUUAAAACGACAUAAAUGUUAAUAGAAUAUUUUAAAUAUUUGGACAUUUUUUCACAACCUUAUUCAUUCGAUACGUCAAAGAGAUAACUGAGAAAGAGCACAGUUUUAGGUGCUUUUUUAUCUGUAACUACGAUAAGUGCUGCCUUGAUGUACUUUAUAUAUUUAACUUAUCUAUUCAUCUCUAAUUAGAUGGAUCCAAAAUUUAGAUCACAAAUAUUUAUAACUGAUGAUGAUGUAAGCUUCAAAUUAGAAGAUAAUUUAUUUGCAUUUGCAUUCAAAAGGGCUGACAUUGGCGUUUACCUAAAAGAUAUAGAAUCCUAACAAGGUAAAACAUAUUUAACUUAUCGUGGUCAGUAUAUCUAUAGAAAUGGCACAGAUAUAAGAUUUUUUAAUGUAAGCAUUACAAAUUGCUAAGACCCUGCCUUAAAAAACUAUAAUUGCUUUGACUUUUCAAACUUGAAAAAUUAUUCGAUUGCAGUAGGAAAUGCUAAUAAUGUCUUUUCUGAUUUACUUAUUUAUGUUUAUAGGUGCUAAGAUACUGAUAUUUAAUACAAUCCACUUCCUUAAAAUUGUGCUAAUCCAAGCUAAAUAGAAGAAUAUAUUAAUUUGAAUACAGGCAUUGUUUAAUUUAAGCUUUAUACAAAAUAAUAUAAUACAACAUCUAAGCAAUUUUAAGUAAAUUACAAAAAUUUUUACAGAUUAACAACUGGAUCUUCAAUGAUUGCUUUUGAUUUUAAGACGCAACAAUAAACUACAAAGAUAAGCUAAGGUCUGUUACUCUAAUCAGAAUAAGUUUAUUCUUAUCCCAUUUCUUAUAGUUUAUCUGAUCAAACAAUGGACUAUAAAAGUUUUGUUUAAAGUACAGGAUUAAAAUAUUUUAAUAUGUACGUUUUUGAAGUUGAUGAAGCAGUCAUGUUGACAUAGAUAUAAUUCCCUUCAUAUCCUGAAGUUUUAACUUUAUGUAACAGUACUUUAAAUCUGUUAAUGUGCUUAGGAUUUUUAGGUAGAUAUGUGGCAAAUAAAUUUAUAAAAUAAGAUUUGUUUGUUGUAAUUUUAAAAAAUUAUUACAAAGGAAAUUUUGAAAGAAUACUAAAUAACAGCAAAAAACAUGAAUCAUAUUAUAAUAAUCCUACUAGUAAAUUGGAAAGUAUCGCUGCGUAAAAAGAUAAUACCAAUAGUGAAGAAAAAAAAAACUCUAUUUUAAUUCCAAGUUUUUAAGUACAUUCAGGAUAAUCUGUUUUAAGCUCUCUAACGAAUCCUUACUAUGAUAUAACACAACAAAAUAAUGAUUAAAUUAAAGAGGUUAAUGAUUAAAAUUAAUUUAAAAUAAAAAAAUAACCACAAAAAGAAAAGCAAAAUAGCAGAUAAAAAAUUGAUUAACAACUAAUCAUAAAUGAAAAGUAAAGUUAGGAAACUUUUGUUUAGGAAAAAUAGGAAUCUCCUCUUAACUUAGAAUUCAAAUUAUUUUCAGAAUCUUUGCAUGAAAAUUUUUGUCUGAGUCCAAGCUCUAAAGUAGAUUAACUUCUAAAAUUUUAACCUUAAAAAAAAUAAAAAAAUAUCAAUUAAUAAGAGCUAAAAAAUUGCUCGUUCAAACGAAAGUGCUAAAAUUAAAGAAAACUGUUAAGUAAGAUAAAAAUUAACAUUGAAUAAAAAAUAAAAGAUUUAAAUAACAAGGAGACAUAAAAAAAAGUAGAAUCUAUUUUAUUUAAAUUAAAUCUAAAAAAUUAGAAAAUAUUUUUGAAAUCGAAAGGACUAGAUCCCUUUCUUGUGAAAAAUAUUUCAGAAUAAGUAGAGAGUAGUAUAGACUUUUUAAAAUUUUACUAAGAUAUGAUUUUCAUAAAAAAAGCAAUCAUGAUGAUUUUAAGCAAAGAGUAGUUUGCUGCUUUGUAAUUGGUAGGAUGCUCAGAUGAAUUCUCAAAGAACCUUUCUAAUAAUAAAUAUAAUACUGAUACAUAAAUGAUGAAUCAUUUUGAAGAACAGCUUGCAAUUUCUCUAUCAGAAGAAAGUUAAAUAGCUCAUUCAAAGCUAUUUUUAUAAAAAUUUUUAAAUGAAGAUGAAACAUUAAAUGAGGUAGAUAAACGAAUAUAUUCAUCAAUAGUAUGAAUUAUGUAUUUAUAUUAUUAUCUACUUAAAUUUAAGCAUAA